CCAGCAGUGUCCUCUGAAGUCUUUGGCGAAGCAUUUCAAACAAUACUUUUUCCUCCAAGAAUUUCAGAAAUUGAAAAGGGAUAAGUGGAAGGAGAAAAUGUUGGGCUGGUGUGAAGCAAUAGCUCGUAACCCUCACAGAAUCCCAAACAGCACAAGGACACCUGAGAUCUCAGGGGAUCUGGCUGAUGCAUCACAAAACUCAACGUUGAAUGACAAAUCCCCAGGACGUUCUGCAAGUCGAUCAAGUAACAUAUCAAAGGCAAGCAGCCCUACUACAGGAACAGCUCCCAGAAGCCAGUCCCGGCUAUCUGUCUGCCCAUCCACUCAGGACAUCUGUAGGAUCUGUCACUGUGAGGGAGAUGAUGAAAGCCCCCUUAUCACACCGUGUCGCUGCACGGGAACUCUACGGUUUGUUCACCAGGCCUGCCUACAUCAGUGGAUUAAGAGUUCAGAUACCCGAUGCUGUGAGCUCUGCAAGUAUGACUUCAUCAUGGAGACCAAGCUGAAACCACUCCGGAAGUGGGAGAAACUACAGAUGACGACUAGUGAGAGGAGGAAAAUAGUCUGCUCUGUCACAUUCCACAUCAUUGCUAUCACCUGCGUCGUGUGGUCAUUGUAUGUGCUGAUAGAUCGGACUGCUGAGGAAAUCAAGCAAGGCAAUGAUAACGGUGUCCUCGAAUGGCCAUUCUGGACAAAACUGGUUGUGGUGGCCAUUGGCUUCACGGGAGGCCUCGUCUUCAUGUAUGUACAGUGCAAAGUCUAUGUGCAGCUGUGGCGCAGGCUGAAGGCCUACAACCGUGUGAUCUUUGUGCAGAACUGCCCUGACACUGCCAAAAAGCUGGAGAAGAACCUCCCCUGUCACGUGAACACAGACAUCAAGGAUGCUGUAGUAGUGCCCGUGUCACAAAUGGGUACAAAUGUACUGCUGAGCACAGAGGGCGGAACCCCAGAAGUCAUACCAGUCUGAUGGGACCAGCUAACCUUGUUUCACCAGAGUCUGAAAUGCUUUCCAGCCCUCAGUGACUAGACAGCAGAAGUGAUCUUGCAUUGUUCCCCUACCCCAACCCUAGCUCCUUACCUACCUUCCAACAAAACAAAGAUGCAUCAGAUGAAAUGGGCCAACCACAGCAAAUGACCAGGAUCCCACAAAGCUGAGCCUAGGGUGGGAUGUGGACAUAUAUGUAUAAAGUCUGUUAAGAGAAUACUUUCUGAAAGGCAAUGCAAGCUCUUUGUGGCAAAUGAACUAAAACUAAAUGGAAACUCGUCACUGGUCACAGCAGCAAGAAGAAAGAGGGGGGAAGAACGAAGACUUGAAUUUCAAUGUGUAUUUUUACUUCUAGGGUCUUUUCUGACAAAGACUUCAUCUUCAAUAGUGAUGGGGAAUAGCAAACACAUCUAGCUUAAAAUCUUAAAGUUGCUUGCAUUAAUCCUAAAUCAAAUCAGGAAAAGACUUUAAAGAGGUUGGGCUACAUGAUUUCUAAGGUCCCUUCCAUUAGUAAAAUUCUAUAAUUCUAUAAAGGAUGCAUAUUUUUCUGAGACUUCACACUUUGACGGUAAAUAGAUUUUUACAGCUACCCUGGAGCCUGUUUUGACAGCUGCAUGAGUUAGAAAUAGAUGCAAUACACAUUCAAUUGUGUACAAGGAAACAUUUUUGAGAAAUGAUAUUCAACAAAUAUUUAUGAAGAACAGAGUUUCAAAAUAUUUUUUUGUUUUAUCUUUCAUGCAAAUGCCAACCAAAAUUCCAAGCCAACUACUUGGUCCUAUGUCUUCUCUGCUGCUACCAAAACAGAUGACCAUGCCUUGGAUUUCAAUACAGUGUCUGAAUAUUUUGUAGAACAGAAGCUUCACUACUUACUGUAUUAAAAGGAUUCACAAGCUUAUAAUUCUUAAAAAGCAUUAAAUUCAGUUCUAUCCAAGUACCCUGCUUGAAUGGUUGAAGUGCUAUCCCUCAACAGGUUAAAAACCAAGUUGCAGUAUAACCAACUUCUUCUCUGAAGCAUAUGGGAGUGGAAAAUGCAAUUUAAAGUUGCUUUUGGUUCUACAACUAAAAGCCUAAAAUUAUGAGAUUUUAUAUAGUCUAUUAAAUAGUGCCCAGAUAAGAAUUUGUUAGGGCAAUGAUGACAGAGCAUCUAGACUUUUUUAAAAGACCAGUGUCUCUGCUUUGCUCUGUUGGUUUUGGUGAAUCCCACUCUGAGAAAAUGGAGCUCAGCAGGCUUGGCAGCUCAGUUGUUAUAAUGUUCUUUGCAUAUUCAUGUAAAACUAAAGUGUGAAUGACAUUGCAGUGAGCUAGACUAUUGAUCAUAGGUAUAACGGUGUGCUCAAAGAAAGAUGUCCUACAUAAAAAACAAACAAAAAAAAAAAGGUGUGUGAUUUGCUUUUGUUAAUUGUCAUAUUUAUUAUUGUGGCAAGACAGCCAUGAUGGCCAUAAGAACCAGUGCACGGUUUGCACAAGUCUGGUUAUCACGCUGAUGCAAUUUGUAAUUACCUGAGUCUCUUCUGUGCUCUUGUGGUUCACGGAUUUUGUCACAGGAAGAGGAAAACAAAACCCCUUCCAGGGAGGAGAUGGACUAUGUUUAACUGGUAGUAACUAUCUCCAGAGUCCAAACAAUCCCAAUUCCUAGAAAUACUAAGUAUGAUGAACAAUUUGUCAGUUUUUUUAAAUGUAUUCAUGUAUAUACACAGCAGCAAAAUGUAAUGGUUUUCCGAUUGUCAUAGGACCAAGUUUGUAUAAAUCAUUGCUCUGCAAGGUGGUGUGGAGGGUAAUGAGAUGAGGAAGCAAGCAGAUAAAAUAACAUGGGUAGAAAUGAAAUGCACCAACUAUGGACAGACACAAGUGUGAUCAGUUGCAUUUUUUAAAAACCUGGGCCCUUAAAGAACUAAAAUCUUAAUUAAGUUAUUCUAAAAAUUCUGAUCCAAAGCUUUAAAGUGAAUCCAUGACUUUAACACUAGCUUUGAAAGGCUUAACCAUGGGUUUCACACAAGAGUAUUAAUUAAUCUUGCUUCAAUUUUCUAACUCAUUCUCUUGGGCUUUAUAGAAAACAGUCCAUUUUUUUCAAAUGGAUUAGCAAUGAUAAAAGACAUUUUCGGAAAACAUUUCACCUGAAAAACAUUUUGAAUAUCACUGUUUUCACCUAUAGGGCACGGUUAUUUCUGUAAUAACCACCCCAAGCAAAUUUAAAGCAAUCUCUUUAUAAACCUAGCCAUCACAGACAUAUGCACAAUCCAUACAACGGUGGUGAGAUGAGGCAGUAAAAUGAGGUCUCAUUGAUUCUGGGCUUGCUUAAUGCUAAGAAAAUGAUUCCCAAAGGGGGGUGGGAGGCACUGAGAAAAGAUGGCAAGUUGUUAACAAACUUGAUAGGAUUUAAGGUUACUGUACCAAGAAAAAAUAGUGUAAAAGGUAGUAACCCAAUAUUUUGUUCUGUAGUUCCUCUCUAUGCUGCAUUUUCAUUAACCCCCAAAGCAUUUCUGAUUCAGAUUCUUUGUGCAAUUGUCAUGCAAUGUCUAGUCAGUCAUCUUUCAAUCUGAAAAAAACUAUUUAAACAUCUAGUGUUAAAGGUUUAUUCUUUUGAAUUUUGUAUGGUAAUGAUGCAUAUAGCCUUUCCAAUGGAGGAUUCCACUCUUUUUGGCAUUCAAUAGUUGUUUCUGAACUCUUGAAGUGUUGCUCUGGAGACUGAAAAUAAUACUGCCAAAAAAAAAAUUUAUUCCCUGCAAAGAGCAUUAAAAAAAAUCCAUGUAUUUUUAUGGAUAUAAAAUAAAAUGGAACUACACUGAAAUAACCAGCUACCAGCUCUCAUUCAAAACCCAGAUUGGGAAAUAAUCAUUUUGGAUAAUAGUGUAAGCCAAUAAGAGUUUUACCACUCAAGUAUUAUGCAUAUUAUAGAAAAAUUAAGAUGAGAUUGUGGAUCAUAAGAAGAAUGAACCUCCAAAAAAAUUGUGGAGCCUUAAAAGUUAAUUCAUCCAAUGUAACAGAAAAACACAGAAGCAGGAGAGGCGGGAGAAGAAUAGGGUGGAAGAGGGGAGAUGGGGAAAAAGAAGGAAAAAGAUAAAGGCUGCUGAAGGAAGGAAUCUAAAUGAGUUAUCUUUAAGAAGGCUCCAGGACUCAGUCUAAACUGCACUUUAAUAAUAGACAGUUAUAACUCUAGACGGAUAAACAGCAUUGAUCAUAUAGCUACCUUCUGCAAACACUUAUGAUUUUUUAAUUUGUUUAGUUUUUGCAAAAGGUGCCUUAAGUACCUACAACUGUCUCUAUUUUAUUAGGCUGGGGAAAUGAGCUCACUGUAGUGAGGAAAAUAUUAGGGGGAAAUAACACUGACUUAGAAAAUACAGAUUAUUUCAGUUGUCUAUACUGACAUGAAUCUCAUUUUUUCUUGAUUCUAUAAAGAUUUAGGGGAAAAAAUGGACCUUUUUACUUUUUUUUUUUAAUUAUGAUUCUCCAAGGUUUACAGUUUAACCAAGAAGGGUGAAAGCAGUUUUAUUCUUAAAUCAGCCCAAUGGUGCUAUUUCACAUACCCACAAAACUGAAUGGAAGUACUGUUAUUUUGGGCUACAGUGUUUCCUCCACAUCUGAAGAAAACCCAUUCUGAAAGUGAACACUGCACUUACACAAAUAGAAGAAUAUUCUGGUUGUGUGCAAUUCUUGAGAUUGGGCAUUUGUGUUAUUUUGGUUUAACCCAAUUAUGUUGCAUAAACAAUUAGAUGUUUUGUGAACUAACGUGUACUAAGUAAGAAAAUGAAGGACAAGAAAAUAUCUGUGGAAGAAAAAGUUUGUAUAUUAAAAAAGUGACCUGAACCUCU